AUGAAACUAUUUUAUAGUUUAUUAUUUUUAGUAUAUAUUGCUUUUGUGUUGGAAGUUGGAGUUUAUGGCUAUUCAGAAUAUAAUGGACAUAAUAAUAAAGAAAAUACCAACAACAACAACAAUAAUCCAAGUUUAAAUUAUUUUACCUAUCAACGUCUUGCUUCCGAUGCACCAUGCAACUUACCACGUGGAUGCUAUGGUUAUGUUCUAAGUCCUUUGAAUCCAUCAUUCAGCGGUAUAAAAGAUGGAAUCAUUGUAGAGGACAUUGUGUUCAAUAGAUCCAGUCGUAUUUCUCCUGCUUCAUUUAGCGAUAUCGAUAUUGACAAUGUAGUGGGUGGUGAUAUCUAUCGAUACAAUGGAAAGCUUGUUCUCUUAGUUAGUGAAUUAUAUCGUUUACUCUCAAUGCCACAAUUAAACAAUGAAAACAAUAAUAAUAAUCAAAAUAAUAAUAUUUAUAAUAAUCAGAAUCAACAACAACAAAAUCAACAAAAUAUAAAUAACUAUAAUAAUAAUAAUAAUCAACAACAAAAUCAACAAAAUAUUAAUUUACACUAUUAUAAUAGUGGUGGUAAUGGAAAUGGAAACCCAAAUUUCGAUUUGAAUAUCUAUGAGAAAAAUCGUAAUACAGCUGAACAACUAGCAAAUCAUAAUGCCGAUUCCAAUCAAUAUCAAAACCAAGACAAUAAUAACAAUCAAUUCCAAAGUCAGAACAGACCUGGUCAAAAUCAAUAUCAGAAUCAAAAUCUAAACCAACAAUCUCAGUCGCAAUCACAAACACCUCAAAAUCAAAAUCAAUACAAUGAUAGACAAUCACAUAAUAAUCAAGAUAGUAGAUCACAAAACCAGAAUCAAUCCAAUGGUAGACAAUCACAGAAUCAAAAUCAAGAUGAUAAAAUUCAAUCACACAAUAAUCAAGAUAGCAGAUCACAAAACCAAAAUCAGUCCAAUGAUAGACAAUCACAGAAUCAGUAUCAAGGUGAUUCUAGACAAUCACAAAAUAACCAAGAUAGUAGAUCACAGAAUCAAAAUCAAUCAAAUGGUAGACAGUCUCAGUAUCAAAACCAGGAUGGAUCUAGACAAUCACAGAAUAAUAAAGAUGAUACAAUUCAAUCACAUAAUAUUCAAGAUAGUAGAUCACAAAAUCAAAAUCAAUCCAAUGGUAGACAAUCUCAGAAUCAGAAUCAAGGAGAUGGAAGACAGUCACAGAGUCAAAAUAGAUUCGGUGAAAGUCAGAGUCAGAAUCAAGAUGAUUCUAGACAAUCGCAGAAUCAAAGUCAAGGUAGUUCUAGACAAGAUAAUAGAUCACAGAAUCAAAAUCAAUCAAAUGGUAGACAACAACAAAAUCAGAUUCAAGAUGAUUCUAGACAAUCACAGAAUCAGAAUCAAGAUAGCAGAUCACAAAAUCAAAAUCAAUCCAAUGGUAGACAAUCACAGAAUCAGAAUCAAGGAGAUGGACGACAGUCACAGAGUCAAAAUGGAUUCGGUGGAAGUCAGAGUCAGAAUCAAGAUAGAUUUGGACAAUGGCAAGCCCAGACUCAAGGAAAUGGACAUCAAUCACAAAGCCAAUUUGGAUUCGGUGGAAGUCAAAGACAGAACCAAGAGCCAGAAGGUCAAUCACAAACACAGAGCCAAUUCAAUGGAAGAUCCUCAGGAAAUCAAUGGUUUGCAUCUUCUGAUAAUGUUAUUCAACCGAUGGAUCCUGCCCAAAUAGUCGAAUCAAUCUUCAAUAAUAACCAAUACCAACAACAAAACAAUCAAUAUCAGCAACAAAACAAUCAAUACCAACAACAAAAUAAUCAAAAUCAACAACAAAACAACAAUAACCACAACAACAAUGAGAAUAGCAAUGUCAAUAUUAACUAUGCCGGUGGUAAUGGUCAGUCUGGUCAAUCUUCGGGUCAAAAUCAAAUACAAAUCAACCGUUCAGGUGGUGAUGGCAAAGGUGGAAACUUUAAUUUCAACUACAAUGGCAAUGGUGAUCCCAACAAUCUACAGAGUAUCUUCAAUUCACUUAACAGCGUUGGUAAUUUAAUUAGAAAGAAAGUAGAGAUUAUCGAUGAUGAACAUCCCGAUCCAACUAGAAUUAGAAAGUUGGAAGCAGAAGCAACGAUCAUUGACGAUUUCAACAAUAUCUUUUCUGCCAACGAUGCUGCCGCCGAACUAGCUGGAUUGAAUCAAUUCUUCUUCCUCCAGUCCGUUAGCUCACAGGAACAGAUUGGCGCCAUUGAAGUCAACACUGAAAGAGUCUACUACUUUGAUUCCUUCACAGAGAGCUACUCUAGUGAUGUAUUCCUUCUAGACAAACAGUGGUUGUACUCCAGACUGCUAUCAAAGUCAGCGAUAGUCUAUGCGGACGCUUCCAACAACGAUAUACUUAGAAUCAAGAAAAUAUAUGUUCACGUACCGGACCUCGUUUCCAGUCGUUGCGAUACAAACAACCAAAUAUGUCCAGCGAACCAAGUGGCUACCUAUACCCGAAACAAAGACCGAUGCAACAUUUUCAAUAGUUGCGUUUCCACUGGUGGUGCCUGUCCUAAUUCCGUUCCAAAGUUUGAUUUGGUAUUGGGCAGCAAGCGGCUAUUACCGAAAUUUCAAAUCAAAAAGGUACUAGAAGUGCAAACCAGUCCCAAUUUGGAAAGCAUCAGAACCGGUGGCACUGCCUAUUGCAUUCUGCUACAUAAUUAUUAG